ACUAAAAGAUAAAAACUUGAAUCCAGCCCCUUCUCGAUCUCAAACAGAAGCUUCUCGACUCUCGAGUCUCAACGUCCAUCGCCACUCGCCACCGCCCGCCAGCACCAUCACCCAGCGCCGUCUCCGCCCCUGCUCCAUCGUGCGUGCCACCGUGACUUCCUCCACGCGCCUCCGGCCUCCCUCCGUUGAGAUGCAAAUCUUACUACGAACCUUGUCCGGUGACUACAUCUCUGUCGAGGUGAAGGGUUCUGAUUCCAUUGACAGCAUCAAAGCUAAGAUCGAAGAGAAGGAAGGCAUCCCAGCUCAUAUGCAAAGGAUUAUCUUUGACAUCCACGACGUCCCCAAGGAGACCUUGUCACUGAGAACCCUCAACCUUGACGACACCAUUGACACCAUUGAUAAUGUGAAGGCCAAGACGACCACCAACAGUCAAGUGAAGAAAGCCGGAGGAGAAAAAGAAAGCACAGAGAUAGAGCCAAACAAACUUGCUGAUGAUGAUGAUGAAGAAAGCACAGAGAUAGAGCCAAACAAACUUGCUGAUGAUGAUGAUGAUUUUGUUGAUUCUGAUGAUGAUGAUUCUGAUGCACGUACUGAAUGUAGUAUUUGUGGAUGUCGCUGUGGAUGUGGUAGUUUUCUUAACCCUAAUAGGGUCUGUCCCAAUCACUAUGAAGAAUUAGAUCAUACUCUUACGUGUCUGGAAGGCAGUGACGAUCCCAAUGACAAGAUAUUGUAUCUAAAGCGUAAGGCUCAGUACGAUACUAUGAUUUUUUUUCUUUCGUAAGGCUGGGAAGCAGUUGGAGGAUGGCAGGACUUUGGCAGAUUACAAUAUCUAGAAGGAGUCAACCCUGCAUCUUGUCCUGCGCCUUUGUGGUGGUUUCUCAAGUGUCAAAGCACUUUCCUCUUCUGUGUCAGUUCCCUUUGUGCCGGUUUCCUUUUGUUUCUUUUAUCCCAAAUCCAGUCUUUGACUUGUAGUUUGCAGCCCCUGUAUAGUGGCUGUAACUAUGUUCUAAUGUUUGUGAACCUGCUUUAAUGAUUUCAUUCCCUUAUGUUGAACUUUUAAUAGAGUAAUGUCAUGCUUGUGUUUCACUAAUGUCAUGGGCUCGUUUAUUGUUGUCUC